AUGGCAUCCUUACUACGAGGCACAGCAUUCAUAACAGGCGCAGGAUCUGGCAUCGGCCAAUCCACAGCCUACGCCUUCGCGGCCCACGGCAUUCGCAAACUCGCCAUCGCAGACAUCAAUCCCACAAACCUCGCGACCACCAAAGCCCAACUCAACCAAAAGUAUCCCGACCUAGAGAUCUUAACCCUAGAAACCGACACCAGUAACGAGAAAUCCGUGGACUCCGCCAUCGCCACCACCAUCUCCAAGUUCUCCCGGCUAGACAUAGCCGUCAACAACGCCGGCAUAGGCGGCGAAGCGGCAACCGCCACACUUUCCCUCGAAUCUUGGCGCAAAACCAUGAGCGUGAACCUCGACGGCGUCUGGCUCUGUCAACGGGCUCAGAUUCGUCAGAUGCUGACGCAGAACCAGAUCGACCCGGGCCCGAGAGGGAGCAGAGGCGUGAUCGUGAAUGUUGCGUCGAUGUUGGGGUUGGUGGCGAGUUCGCCGCUUACGCCGGCGGUGGCGUAUACAGCGUCUAAACAUGGGGUAAUGGGGUUGACGAAGACGGAUGCGGUGAUGUAUGCGCAGCAAGGGAUUCGGGUGAACGCUAUAUGUCCGGGUUAUGUGGGGACACCUUUGCUUAAGGCUGCUACUGCCGGCGGCGUAAUGGACGCGGAGAUCGAGAAAGUGCCGCAGAAGCGGUUAGGAGAGAUGGAGGAGAUAGCAGACGGCAUCGUCUUCCUCGCGAGUCCGAUGUCGAGUUUCAUGACGGGACAGGGGUUGGUGAUUGAUGGAGGUUAUACAUGCCAAUAA